CUAUCCCAAAUAUACUUGAAAAUUUUCCAAAACCCUAGAGUUCGAAGCAGUUUGUUGGACUAUCUAGGGAACCAACAGGGGUGGGAUAUGAUCACUUCCCCUAAGAGGAUUGUGAGAUUCACAACCAAGGGUAUUUUGGGUAUGAAAAAAUGAAUUUAUUAAUUAAUUUGUUUUAGUUACACAUUGAGAAUUAAAAACCCAUAUGAAAUACAUGCUUUAAAAAAAUCUAAACCCUACAAUUAAUACAUUUAUAUCUUUCUCUAUCUCUCUCUUCUAUUUCCAGCACCCUCUCUGCUCAGACCGUCAAAUUUUCUCCGACCGGUAGACUUUUUUCUUGUGAAAUCCUUCGAUCAGAAUCACUAAGGCCACCUUCAAAAAAGUACCACUUUGCCACUGCGCUAAUGGUAGUGAUAUUUUGUUCUCGACUAGUGGUACGCUACCACUAAAGACUAACAAAAAAAAAAACCAGAUAUGAAAUAUGAUAAAUCACAGAUCUAGAAAAAAAAUCGGGGGAUCUGGAAAAAAAAACCAGAUAUGAAAUAUUUUGUUCGCGACGGCUGUGGUGGGAGACGGAGGGCGACGGGAGGGCUGUGAUGGGGAGAGGGUGAUGUCCCGACGGUGGUGGGUGGCGGAGGCCGCGAUGACUGCGGUGGGAGGGUUGUGGUGGUGGUGGGAGGCGGAGGGCGCGACAGGGCGACGAGAGGGCUGCGACGGUGGUGGGAGGCAGAGGGCGCGACGGGUUGACAAGACUCGAGAGGGCUGCGGCGGUGGUGGCGGCAGUCGACAGAGAGAGAGGGAGGAGAUGGGAGGAAGAAGAAGAAGAAUAGGAAGAAUAAGGUGGUGAUGGCGUGAGAGAGAGGAAAGAGAGAAUGUAGGGUUUUGAGUAAAUUAAUAAAUGUAAUAAUCUAGUGUGGUCAAUUUUUUCGUAAAAAAUACCAUUAAUCCAAUCUUUACCAUCAAUUAGUAAAAAGAAGAAAAAGACAAGAGAGAGAAUGAAUUUUAUGGUUAUAAAAUGGGUUGUCAGUCUCACAACCCUAAGGGGGUUGUGACGGUAUCUCAUCCCGAACCAACAUGUUGUUCAUUGGAGUAUACGGCGAUCAAGGGCUGGUUAGGCUCACAAGCAUGAUCUAUGCCAAACCUAGGGUGGAUCGCUGUCGAACCAAGUUAACAACAUCAAACCUAGGUGGAUUGCUGUCGGACCCAGCAAACAACACCAAACCUAGGUGGAUCGCUGGACACUCAUAUGAUCUACAUCUAAUUAACUAGGUCAACACUUUUAACUGUCGUAAAUUUGCGCUCAAUAGUUUGUUUGUAAUGAAUUUUUAGUUUCACA